AAUUUACAGGCCUCCCGUGAAAAAAAAUACGGAUCAGACUGGAUUUACGGGAUCUGGUCAGACCCUUACGACGAGGACAUCACGGAGGUCGUCGUCGCGGGCGGCGGCGGUCUCGGAGAGACCGGGCGGCACUCUGGGCCCUGCGCGAUACCCACCUGUUCCGCCAGACGCGGGGCUCCCCUGCCGCGGUGGUGGCAACUCCCCCCCGGUGACCCAAGGGGAAGGGCUUCCCCGGUGUUGGGCGUUGGCGAGCAAUUUCCACCUGCCCGGUGAUUUCCUGGAGCCACGGCGAUUUCCACCUUGGACCUUGGUGGCCUCGCCAGCGCCGGGCCGGGGGGGAGCUGAGCCCCCCUGCCGUUUGAAGACUGGCUGAGCCGCAACGAUGUCCCAUGCAGAGUGGUUCCCAGCGUGCUGGCUGCGAAGCCCGCUGUCGCCGCUGUGCCUGGGAUCCACGGGAGGGCAUGGUUGAUGAUGAUGCAACAGAUAUUUAGUCAAGUAUUUGGAUUUAGCUGUGGUGUUCAAACAUAUCAAUCCCCUGUCCCUGCAAAAGUAGAAUACAGUCGAUCCGCUGCAAGUCUGCAACUGGGACUAGCCACUGGACAAUGGAUGCGAACCUUGCGACUCAGAAAACUUGAAAAGAUGUUAUUCCGGCUGACACCUAGAGCUCUACUACUUGAUGUCCUUUAUUGAAUUGUGGGUUUUGGAAUUCUAAUAUUCAUGUUACAGUUCCUGGUCAAGUUUGCGGUGAAGCUUUUCAAGAGGCAUUGCCUAAGUUCGGCUUGUGACAAAUAGUUAUCUGAUGAAGUUAUAUGAUAUUCCACUGAUAAUGGAGAGAUAGACUGUUCCUCAACCAUGGCAGAUACACCAAUUUUAACAGUAAAGGCACUUCAUAUCAAUUCAGUAAUUCUUGCUGCAAGAAGUCGUUUCUUUCUAAAGCUUUUCUCAAAUGGCAUGAAUGAAUCUGACCAGACGCAUCCAAGAAUCAGGAUUGCUGAUUCAGAGGAAAAUGCCUUUAUGGAGCUUUUAAGAUUCAUGUACAGUGGAAAGUUGACAACAAUUGAGCCCACUCUUCUGCUCGACAUCUUAAUGGCGGCCGACAAAUUUGAGGUUCUUUCUUGCAUGUGGUAUUGCAGUCAGUUGCUCACAAGCCUGCCUAUGACCACAGAAUCUGCACUGCUAUACCUAGACCACCCAUGUUCGCUUUCAAUGGCUGCUGAAGUUCAGCGUGUGGUAGAUGCAGCCAAGGAAUUCCUUGCUGAGAAAUACAAGAUUUUAGAAAAGUUUGAAGUAGUGAUGAACAUCUCUCUUUCAGGAAUCGAGGCCAUCUUUUCGAGCACUGAUCUACAAGUAGCAUCUGAAGAUGAGGUAUAUAACUUCUUCCUCAAGUGGGCCCGUGCACGAUACCUAGAACCGGAGGAAAGGCGCGAGAUCUUGAGCUGUCGUUUACUUCCACUGGUACGCUUCAGUCAUAUGACAUGUGCGGCACUUCAGGACAUCCUAGCAUGCACUGAUAAUGACAUAGACCAUGAGCAAGUAAGUAAGCACAUCACUGAGGUACUUCUCCACAAAGCUUACCCAACCCAGAUGGAAGAUGCUCUUGUAGCAGAUGCAUCAACUCUCGAUUGGCAAUCUGCUGAGCGAACUUACGGGUACAAGCAUGUGAAAACAGUUACGUUUGACCGACCUUACCCACAGGUUAUAGUUUACAUGGAUCUAAAGCGCGACGAGUGCUCCCGAUUCUUCCCAUCAGGAGUUAUAUUGUCGGACUGGUUCCAUCUCGCAGGUCAGAAAUUCUAUGUCAUGGCAAACUGUGUAAUGGAUGAGCAGACACACUUGUACAGCUUUUGCCUCUGGUUAGGGAUAUAUGGAAAUUCUAUUUCAGGCUCGUUGUGUUUCGAUAUUGAGUUUGCUGCAAGGACAAGAUCGUCAGGAAAAUUCUUGAGCAAGUACGGCGGUAGGCACACAUUCAUCGGUCCUAUAUUGGAGGGAUGCGAUGAUCUUUUUGGAGUUCCAUGGUCGACGUUCAUUGCAGACGACAACCUCUUCAUCGACGGUGUGCUGCAUCUGAGAGUAGAUCUGACUGUGGUGGAGCAGCCUGAAUUACAGACCUGCAUGUGAUACUGUGACCUGCUGUGAUACUGUGUGUUGAGCCCUGCAUGUGAUACUGUGAGCUGCCGCUGCAGCCAGGAAGUUUGAUGUAUUGGCAUUGUACGGGUACCCUGAAUCAUGUGUUGUUGUUGAUCGGUUGCUACUGCAAGUCAGUAGUAACAUGUGUGUGUGUGUGUGUGCGUGUGAUGACAGCUGACUUUUGUAUGUUGGUAUCAUGGUUUUGAAUGUUAUGCUUGUGCGAA